AUGCCACCGCCACCGCGAUUGCUGGUCCAACCAGCCUCAACAGCAGCAGCAGCGUCCGUCCGCCUCCCCGCGCGCCGUACAACCACAAUCGCCCCUCUCCCAGCGCACAUCUCGCAACGCCUCUCUCUCCGCCCGCAGCGCCGCCACGCCCGUGUACACGACGUGCGCUUCGUCACGACGCAACAGACCUCGUCGGCCGCCAUCACAGAAAAGUACCGCGCGAAGCUACAAGAUAAGGCGCGGGCAGAGGGACUCGAGUCGAUCUCAGAGCUGAAGGAGGUCUACAAGGAGAAGAUCAGUGAUGUCAGGAGAAAAGCCGCUACGAUUGGACCGCCGAUUGGAGCUGGUGGUUCUAAAGAUGCAGGGACAGUAACAGGGACGGGAUUGCAGCAUCCACCGCCGCCUCCGCCGACACCGCAGCCACACCAAGCUCAAGGCAAAGGCUCGCCAACGCACAAAGUCCCUGACACAGGCAUCAAGCCUUUGUCCUCAUACCUCGACCUCGAGAAGAUCGCCAGUCUGCCCGCAAAAGAGAUUGAGCUUAUCUGGAGGCUGCGCCACGCCUCCGACCCGAACUCCCUCACAGCCGUAAUCCCGCUAUCAACAUACAACAGGAUGCUCGCAUCUGCCCAGAAACAUCCACAAUUUAUCCUACCACUUCCACGACCCGCGUCCGACGAUGGUUCGGGAGAUAUCCAGCAGGCGGCGGAUGGUUUUGCGGGCAAGGAUGUGAAGCGCACGACCGCCGACGUGCAUUUUCUGCAGUGGGCGUGGCAUGCGCCUUCGGUGGCGCCUACACCGGGACAGCGGACGGCGAAUACGCAUACCUCUACAGUAAUCUUCACACAUCUGGCGGCAUUUAAGCUGCAUGGGGAACAUGCGCAGCCGCAUACGACCAUUACACACCAUCUGGAUUUGGCGGACAGCCACGAGCUGGUCUUGCUCAAUGGUGGAGUUGUGAAUGGGCGAGGAGUGAGUGCGGAGGAAGCGCGGUGGCUGUUGAUGUGCCUGCAAAAGUUCUAUGAUGUCGAGGGUCAUGGUGGUGGCAUGGGCAAGGACAAGAGGCAGGAACUGAUGCGGAAGUUCAGUACCGGCGAUACGACGUUUAGUCUGGAGGAGUUGCUUGACGAAGCCGAGCGAGUUUCGUGA